AUGAAUAAUUUACCUUUUCUUUAUAAUGAUGAUUUUGACUCACCUUUACUUUAUACUGACGAUGCUUCUAACCUACCUCUUCUUUCUAUUAAUGACAGUUUUAAUACACACCUUUUUCAUAAUAGUGACACUUCUAACUCUCUUUUGCUUUACACCAAUGAUGCUUACAAUUUACCUUUGUUUCAGGAUAAUGCUAAUUCCAGAUUUACAGAUAAUAUAAUGACUUCUAAGAAUAAUUUGGAUAACUUUAAUAAAAAACUGAACUUAGAGAAUACUUACAAUAAUUCUGACAAAGAACAACAAAAUUAA